AGUGGGGGCUGGAGUGUCAAAACUAACAAACAGGCUGUUACUCGGUGGGGGAAGGGAAGCUGGCCAACGCCGAACACACUUCGCAAACACUUUGAUAGUGCAAGACAAAAAAGGAGAGGGAUAUGGCUCAGGAGAGCAAUCAGACACAAGUGCUCUGUUCCAAUGGUUGUGGGUUUUACGGGAAUCCGCGUAAUAACGGCAUGUGCUCGGUGUGCUACAAAGACUCCUUACAGCGACAGAACAACAGCAGCAGGUCAAGCGAUCCAGUGUCUUCCAGCCUUAGCAGUAAAGGAGAAUCUAUGACUGUACAAUCGACGUCACAGCAUGAACAAAACAGUAAAUGUGCAGCUUUCGACUGCUCAGGCUUCGACUGCCGGUGCGGACACUUGUUUUGCAGCAUCCACCGAUACUCAGAUGUUCACAACUGUAGCUUCGAUUACAAGGCUGAUGCAGCUGAGAAAAUAAGGAAAGAAAACCCGCUUGUCGUUGGGGAGAAAAUCAAGAAGAUUUGAGUUGAAGAUUGCAAAGAUGUUUUUUUACCCUCUUUUCCUUGAAACCUUGAAUUGUGCAUGCUACAAUGAAACACAUACGCAAAUUUAUUUUGUCCCUUUGUUUCAUUUUACCUCUCAAGUUUAUUUACUUACAAAAUAC